CUGUCGGGUGAUCACGUGGUUUCCGAGGAAACGCUCGUCCAGAAAAUAAAAACAGACGAGUUAGCAUCGAGCUCGUAAUGAACCCGAGAGAAAAAGCUCCGCUGCCGCCGACAUUACGAUGUGUAGCGUUCAGGAAAGACGCGGACAACACGGGAAACUAAUGUAGUGUCGCUGACAAGCCUCUCUGCAUCAUGAAUUUAAGAGGACUCUUUCAGGACUUCAACCCCAGUAAGUUCCUGAUCUACUCGUGCCUGCUCCUGUUCUCCGUGCUGCUGUCCCUGAGGCUGGAUGGAGUCAUCCAGUGGAGCUACUGGGCGGUGUUCACUCCCAUAUGGCUGUGGAAGCUGCUGGUCAUCAUCGGGGCGUCCGUGGGCACCGGAGUCUGGGCUCAUAACCCUCAGUACAGGGCUGAAGGGGAGACCUGUGUGGAGUUUAAAGCCAUGCUGAUCGCCGUGGGCCUCCACGUCCUGCUGCUGAUGUUUGAGGUGUUGGUGUGUGACCGAGUGCAACGAGGACACUACUUCUGGCUGCUCGUCUUCAUGCCGCUCUUCUUUGUGUCGCCUGUUUCAGUCGCAGCAUGUGUCUGGGGCUUCAGACAUGACCGCUCCCUCGAGCUCGAGGUUCUGUGUUCAGUCAACAUUCUGCAGUUUAUCUUCAUCGCUCUGAGGCUGGACCGGAUCAUCAGCUGGCCUUGGCUGGUGGUCUGCGUUCCUCUGUGGAUCCUCAUGUCCUUCCUGUGCCUUGUGGUUCUUUACUACAUCAUCUGGUCGGUCCUCUUCCUGCGCUCCAUCGACAUCAUCGCCGAGCAGCGCCGGACUCACAUCACCAUGGCGAUCAGCUGGAUGACCAUCGUCGUGCCGCUUCUCACCUUCGAGAUCCUCCUGGUUCAUAAACUGGACGGCCACAACAGUCUGAGUUAUGUCUGUGUGUUCGUUCCUCUCUGGCUCUCUCUGCUCACUCUCAUGGCCACCACCUUCGGCCAGAAGGGAGGAAACCACUGGUGGUUCGGCAUCAGGAAGGACUUCUGCCACUUCCUGUUGGAGCUCCUCCCCUUCCUGCGGGAGUACGGCAACGUGUCCUACGACCUCCAGCGCAGCGAGGACCCCGAGGCGGCCGACGACCUGCCCGUCCCGGAGCCGCCGCCCAAGAUCGCCCCGAUGUUCCACAAGAAGACCGGCGUGGUGAUCACACAGAGUCCCGGGAAGUACUUCGUCCCGCCGCCGAAGCUCUGCAUCGACAUGCCCGACUAGACGACCAGCGGAGUAGAUCUACCUGCCCCGACCUUUCAGCCCACUCACCUGAACUCUGCAACUCGGUGACGGCUCCAGACUCCUCACACUGGUUCUGUUCUGGAGGAAACUGAACCCCAGACUCCUAACGUGGGCCCGAUGCUGGAUCUGUGGACUCAAGAAUCUCUGGAUCAGAGUGUCUGAAUGGAAAAGACACUUGUUCUGUGAUGGGGACCAGUGGAGAGACUGUUUGACUUUGGGAUCAGUGUUCCCCUCGUUUCAUUCCAUAGAAAAUGAAAUAAAUCUGCGCAGACCUCCUCACUAACUUUAUUUAAUGAAGCACAGUUUUAUCUUCAUACAUGAAUAUUUCCAGAGGUACAGGACCUUUAAGGACGUAGAGUUGGGUCCAGAUUUGUCACUUUUUAAUAGACUUUUUCCACAUUUUUUCUUUAGCCCUUAUAAUUUGUAGAAGACAGGAGAUGGACACAGAUUUAGUGUUUAGAUUGUGACACCUGGAUGGAUGUAAAACUGACCUGGUGUCAGUUUUUAUCAGAACUCAGAUGUGUUUCUCCUCCGAAAAGUUCUAUCUGCUGCACUGAACUUCAUCCAGAGUAGAAAGGCAAACUGUGUUUCAUGAAAUAAAGUUCCUGUAGAGGUGAUUCUGAGAACGUUUUAUCAGAUUUAGUUGAUUUGUUUUCAUGGAGGUGGAAAUGGAGGGGUGUGGUUGAAGGAAAAGUCUGAUAUUUUUCAGGUUUGUUUGUGUUUUCCUCUAAUCUCUCCUCAUCAUCAGACUGACUGAUUCCCUCCAGCAUCCACAGGUCUUCUUAAAGGUAAAAAUGUGUUUCAAAGUAAAGCCAGAGCCGAUAUGAGGCUUCAGAAACGGACGUCUCCCAAAUUUUGCGACAUUUUAAAAGUCUGCAUCAGAUUCGUUUGACAGUUUUAUAGAAACUCAACUAAUUUUUGGAUUUUUGAAGCUACAGACAUCAAAACGUCUGAAAAUAGACGCUUAAAUUGACCAACAGAAGCCUCAUAUUGGGUGGAACUUCAAAGUUUUAAGGCUUUUUUGCUCAGAAUGCUGAUUCAGGAGUGGAGAUUCAGGAGAUACCUGAAAAAAAUCAGCCUUUUCUUUAAACAGACGACAAUGGAGAUGGCACUUUGUUCUAAGAGGAGCCCUGUCUGCCCUUUAGGUUGUUUUUUUAUUAUUAUUAUUCCUGUUUUUUUUUUUUUUGUAAAUAAGACAACAUGUAAAGUUUGGGACCAGAGAGUAAAAAUGUUAGAACAGACAAAGAGAUUAAAUCAUUUUAAGAUGGAAUAAUGGUAUCAAACCCAGAGACUUUGUGCCAAUAAUCCUGGACUUUUAAAGGGAACGUUGGGUUUGUUAGACGGCAGUGAAGACCGUUAAUUUUACUGUAACCCCGUGAAGUCUCGUUCCUCACUGUGGCUCAUUUUUCACUGCGAUAUAGUCCUCCAUGGAAACACAACUCAGAAAUCGAAUCACAUGACCUUAAUAUGUAGCAGCAGCAGGAAUUGAUGGGACUCAACCCCCCCCACAGUUUAAUCAGCUGUUCCUUUAAUCAUUUCUGAUGGAUAAGUCCUGAUAAGUCCUCAGAGGUGGAUUUGUAGUAGGAUCACAAUCAGCUGAUGUAGUGUUCAUUUGUACUCAAAAUGACUCAAAAACAUGUCUAAAGGAUAUCCAAAAUGA